UAGGAAGGGGAGAAAGAACACGUCGGUUGUUAAAGCAGGGGAGGAAGAGAUACCUGCCCUAUAGCGUAACUCCUCUAGAAAUUAAUAUAUACACAUCACAGUAUUUUAAUAAAUCCCUAAAAUGUCGAGAUAUGUACAAGAUCUUAGCAAAGCCAUGUCUCAGGAUGGUGCUUCUCAGUUCCAAGAAGUCAUUCGACAAGAGCUAGAAUUAUCUGUGAAGAAGGAACUGGAAAAAAUACUUACCACAGCGCCAUCACAUGAGUUUGAGCACACUAAAAAAGACCUUGAUGGAUUUCGGAAGCUAUUCCAUCGAUUUUUGCAAGAAAAGGGACCUUCUGUGGAUUGGGGGAAAAUCCAGAGACCUCCAGAAGAUUCGAUUCAGCCCUAUGAAAAGAUAAAGGCCAGAGGCUUACCUGAUAAUAUAUCUUCUGUACUAAAUAAGCUGGUGGUGGUGAAACUCAAUGGUGGUUUGGGAACCAGCAUGGGCUGCAAAGGUCCGAAAAGUCUGAUUGGUGUGAGGAAUGAGAAUACCUUUUUGGAUCUGACCGUUCAGCAAAUUGAACAUUUGAACAAAACCUACAAUACAGAUGUUCCUCUUGUUCUAAUGAACUCUUUUAACACGGAUGAAGAUACAAAAAAAAUACUACAGAAGUACAAUCAUUGUCGUGUGAAAAUCUACACUUUUAAUCAAAGCAGGUACCCGAGGAUUAAUAAGGAAUCUUUACUGCCUGUAGCAAAGGAUGUCUCGUACUCAGGGGAAAAUACAGAAGCUUGGUACCCUCCAGGUCACGGUGAUAUUUACGCCAGUUUCUACAACUCUGGUUUGCUUGACACCCUUAUAGGAGAAGGCAAAGAGUAUAUUUUUGUGUCCAACAUAGAUAAUCUGGGUGCCACUGUGGAUCUUUAUAUUCUUAAUCAUCUAAUGAACCCACCCAAUGGGAAACCCUGUGAAUUUGUCAUGGAAGUCACAAAUAAAACACGUGCAGAUGUAAAGGGUGGGACCCUCACUCAGUAUGAAGGCAAACUGAGACUGGUGGAAAUCGCUCAAGUGCCAAAAGCACAUGUUGAUGAGUUCAAGUCUGUAUCAAAAUUCAAAAUAUUUAACACAAACAACCUAUGGAUCUCUCUUGCGGCAGUUAAAAGACUGCAAGAGCAGAAUGCUAUUGAUAUGGAAAUCAUCGUGAAUCCAAAGACUUUGGAUGGAGGCCUGAAUGUCAUUCAGUUAGAAACUGCAGUAGGGGCUGCCAUUAAAAGUUUUGAGAACUCUCUAGGUAUUAAUGUUCCUAGGAGCCGUUUUCUACCUGUCAAAACCACAUCAGAUCUCUUGCUUGUGAUGUCAAACCUCUAUAGCCUUAAUGCAGGAUCUUUGACAAUGAGUGAAAAGAGGGAAUUUCCUACAGUACCCUUGGUUAAAUUAGGCAGUUCUUUUACAAAGGUUCAGGAUUAUCUAAGGAGAUUUGAAAGUAUACCAGAUAUGCUUGAAUUGGAUCACCUCACAGUUUCAGGAGAUGUGACAUUUGGCAAGAAUGUUUCACUAAAGGGAACAGUUAUCAUCAUUGCAAAUCAUGGUGACCGAAUUGACAUCCCACCUGGAGCAGUAUUAGAGAACAAGAUUGUAUCUGGGAACCUUCGGAUCUUGGACCACUGAAAUGAAAAAAAAAAAUACUGUGUACACUUCAUACUAAUUAUGGGCUAAACAGUUUCUUAACGAUGAAAUGUUCUCUAGGAUUCUAAAAUUGGCAGGUACUUUACUAUGUUACUGUACCCUGCAGUGUUAAUUUUUAAAGUAGAGUUUGCAAUAUGCUUUUAGUCCAAGAAAAGCACAGUUGGAAGCAAUACUUUUCUUUAAUGAGGAUCCUGAAAGUUCAUCUUACAGUGCAAUAUUGUUUAAUCUUAAAACUGGGGCAGCUCUGCUGGAACAUCUUUGAACAGAGGCCUCAAUGAUGGUCACUUUGAAUUGCUUGUGAUUUAAAAAAUAAAGCUGUGAGGCAA